UUUGAGAAUGCCCAUGAACGAGCCAUUUUAUCAUACUGAAUAAUUAGUUCCUUGUUAAGCUGCCUUAGCUAUGCUGGGUGAAUAAGUAUAAAAGGAUCAUGGAUUGACCAACUUGAAAGAUAUCCUGUACUUGUUUUUAUUUCUCAUCAACAAUUACAAAAAGUUUAAAGAGUUACAUAUAAAAGUUUUUUAAAUAAUCAAAAUAAUUAAUAAUGGCUUACAUUGACUUAGAGUUAGUAAAGCGUGGUGGUAACAGAGCUAUAGAGAUAAAUCCUCCUACUGGUGCUGAUUUCCAUAUUACAGAACAUGGUUCUGCAUGGUUGUGGUCUGCAUUUUGUGUCUUCAUUGUCAUUGGUUUGGUUAUCAUUGGUUUAAUGUUUAGAAAACCUGCUAAUGAAAGAGUCUUUUAUUUCACUUCCAUUUUACCAACAAUGUUUAUGGCUUUGGCUUAUUUCACAAUGGCUUCAGAUUUAGGUUGGGCUCCAAUUAGAGCAGAAUUCAAUCAUGUUAAGACUGAUACGCAAGAUGAAUUCCCAGGUUAUAGACAAGUUUUCUACGCUAAAUAUAUUGGUUGGUUCUUGUCUUUCCCAUUCCAUGUCAUCAAUUUAGGUUUCUUGUCAAGAACUCCUUGGGGUCAAAUUGCAUUCAACGUUUGUUUCACUGAAAUGUAUGUUGUCAUGUUAUUGAUUGCUUCAUUGGUCUCAUCAACUUAUAAAUGGGGGUUCUAUGUUUUAGCUAUUGGUGCUUUGAUCUUUGUUACAGUCUCUACUUUUGUCACAUCAGGUAGAUUAGCUGAUAAAGUUGGUAAAGAUUGUCAUGCUUACUUCCAUAUUGCUGCUGGUAUUUUAACUGUCUUAUGGUUUAUCUAUCCAAUUUGUUUCGGUGUCUCUGAAGGUGGUAACGAUUUACAACCUGAUUCAGAAACCAUUUUCUACGGUGUUUUAGAUGUUGUUGUCUUUGGUUUCUAUUCAUUAGCCUUCCUUCUUGCUACAAAUGAUUUCACUUUAGAACGUUUAGGUUUGUUGACUCCAGAAUUUGAAGUUAUUCCUCAUGAAAAGAGUGGUUUAUCAGUUGCAGGAAGAGCUUCUGGUGAAACAGCUGUCUCAAGAUCAGCUUCUGGUGUAACUUCACCAUCUGCCGCCUCACCAAGACCUUGAUUAGAUUAAUAUGGGUCCCAAUAGUGGGUGAUUAAUGGAUUAAUGAUAAUACCCUUUGUACAUUCCUUUUCAAAAAAA